CGCCGACGGCGAGGAGGUAUAGGAACUGAACGCGCUCGCCGCUCUACUGAAUUGUUCAACCUAACGUAGAUAAACACGCGAUAAAAUUCUAUAACUAAUAUUAUUUGUAGUAGUAUGCAUUCUGAAAGAAACUAGUCGUCUGUUAGUUAGUUCACUAGGAAGGCUGGUUGGAAUCCAAAAAGUCUUCGCGACGCGCCCACACAAUUAGGGUGCAGCUUUUAUGUACUAUAGUGGGCGCUGUAGCACUGCGCGCCGGUAGUCACAAGUUGACGGCGAAGUGACAGAUCUCUAGGUCAUUAGUGAUAAUGUCUAAAAUAAGUUGAGUUAACUAUAUAUUUCUAGCUGCAGCCGUGUGUGUAUUGGUUUGCACAGUUUGUCGAUGGGACGUACGUUUGCAUGUGUUAGUGAUGACGACUGUGAAAAAGUGGGAAAACAAUAGAAGUAGCAUUAAUAUAAUCGACGUCUGAGUGAAGAUUGUCGGCCCGGCGAAGGUCCGUAACAGACGGGAGUUAAUCUAAGUGAAAGAUGUGCAUCGUACUUGUUCUGUAAUAAACGAAUGAAUCGUCAUUAUGGCAAACAAACUACUCAGUGAUGCGCUAUUUUUCUACGGAUUCAGGAAAAGGCCGACAGCAAAUAUAUAGUGAAUAUUGUGUAAAGAGAGAUUCGUCGUUCAGAUGUCGACCGAUAAAAAAACACUUUCAAACUAUUCACUGUGAGGCCACGUUAUUUCGCUUUUUCAAGCUAUUGUGAUGUGAUCCCUAAUAGACGCCCAUUUUGGAAUGCUAUCGGUGAGUGGAGGGCUACAUCCGUGCAGCUGGUUCGCGACGCCGUCGGCAGGUGUAUCUCGUCGGGGAAGUGCGAUUCUCAAAGCGGGCUCGAAGGUCCUACGAGAAAUCGACACUGUAAGUACGGAUAAAUCGCGGUGUUGUAUAUCGGGCCCAAGUAGGUGCUUCAGUCGAAAGAGAACGGAGAGUAAAUUGCUCAUAGCCUCGUGUUAUCUGCUGGUGGUGAUAUUUUUUUUACUUGUGAUCACAUCGGAGAGUGCGCAAGCAAAGAGACCCAGAGUUCGGCAGCAUCACAAGAACGCCCGCAAUCCAGGGACGUCAGCCGAUAGCAACGAUAUCGGUCUUCUCGACUUCAGCGAUCCAGACUUCGCCCCUCCAGUCGACGACUCUUCUGGUCCGUCGGGACAGCACCCACGGGUUAUCUGCCAGCCUUCGCACUUCCCCUGCGGCAAUUCGACCACCUGCAUCCCACGGGAACUACACUGCAACGGGCACGAGGAUUGCGCCAACGGCGAGGAUGAAAAAGCUUGCAGUGACAUUAGCAAAGGCAUCAUCUCGUUUGGUCAUGUCGUGAAGUUCGACUGGAAAUCGCAGUCGACGAAGGCCCGCACCGAAUAUGAGGGCAGCACACAGGUUCCGAUGUGCGGCCCAACGGUGGACCUUCCUGAAGGGUGCUAUUGUAAACACGAAAGCGCGUACCAGUUCGUGCGCUGCGACAGGGUGGACUCGUCCAACGGCCUAUUCAAUAAUGCGUCCUAUCCGCUUGUCACACGGCUUGUCAUCCAGGACAGCAACUUCGGAGUCAUCACACCUGACACAUUGUGGGGCUUCAUCAAUAUCACGAUUCUGUACUUUAAUAAUUCCAUAUCCGGAAUUACUCCGGACGCAUUUGAGCGCCAGGGACGCCUGAAACAAUUGUACAUUACAAAUAAUAAACAGCUCACCAAACUUCAAACAGGUGUGUUCAACGGCUUGGGACGUCUAAACGUCUUGCGUAUAACCGGAAACCGAUUGGAUAGUUUCAACCUUAAUCAUCUUUCACAUAUGCCGCAUUUAGGGGUAUUGUCGCUCCUGAACAACCAUAUACAGACGCUGUCCUCGACGGCUCCUCUUCAUUCACUUCGGUUAUUGGACCUGAAACACAAUUUAAUUAAGCAUCUCGAUCAAACCAUGUUCGCGAGGCUCACUCGUCUCGAAGUUUUAAAUUUGAGGGACAAUCGAAUUCGUGCGCUUCAUUCGGACGUCUUCCAACACAAUGCCAGACUCGUCGAGUUAGAUCUGAGUGGCAAUGAGAUUACAUAUCUUUCGCCAGAGAUCUUCAGAAAACUGCGAAGUCUCAGUACACUGAACCUGGCCAACAAUCCGAUAACUUAUUUGCAUGUUGAUAUUUUUGUACACAAUAGAAAUCUCACCUCCUUAAAUCUUUCCGGCCUUGAAUUAGAGAACAUUGACGUGGCACAUUUCCAUCAGCUGCAGGAUCUGAAGUUCAUCUACCUGAAAAAAUUUCAAUACUGUAGCUAUGCGCCGUACGUAAGGAUCUGCUUCCCGAAGACCGAUGGGGUAUCGUCGACAGAGCACCUACUUGUCUGGCCAAUUCUUCGCUUGUCCGUCUGGGUUGUAGCUGUAUCUACCUGUGCGGCCAACAGUGUCGUGUUUGCCUGGCGCGUUAUUAGUAAAAAGGAAGAUCGCGUACUAUCGCUCUUCAUCAAGAAUUUAUCAAUCGCCGACUUUCUUAUGGGCGUGUACCUUUUGAUCGUGGGUACAUUGGAUGUGGCGUUUCGCGAUGAAUAUAAUCGUCAUGCGCGUCAAUGGAUGACGAGCUGGAGGUGCACAGCAGUCGGACUCUUGGCCAUGAUGAGCUGCGAGGUGUCUGUCCUUAUAUUGUCACUCAUUACAAUCGAACGGUAUCGGUGCAUAAAAACAAACGUACGUGUUGUUACAUUAACAGUUGCCCGCUGGUGCGUGGCAGGCGUUUGGGCAACAGGUUUACUUUUGGCGCUCUACCCGGUUCUGCAUUGGCCCCAGCCUUCAUUUUACUCGUCAAACGGAUUAUGUUUUCCACUACACAUCGAUGAUCCAUUUACGCUAGGAUGGCAGUACUCAGCACUUGUCUUCCUCGGAAUCAACCUCGCUGCGAUGCUGCUAAUCUCGCUGUUGUAUGCGUGGAUGUUUGUCAUAAUUCGGGGAGAUCGACAACACGCGCGGCCGGUGACGCUGAAACGACGCGAGGACUCAGUGCUUGCGUUCCGGUUCUUUCUCAUUGUUCUGACGGACUGUUUAUGCUGGAUACCAAUUAUUGCCAUUAAGCUCGCUGCACUCUGCAAAGUGAAGAUCUCGCGUCAGACGUCGAUUGUCUGGAAUGAUUUGUCUUUGACUCAUUAAGUUAGAGACUCAAGGCCCACUUCUUUUCUACAGAGGCUCUGAUAAUAGUUGGUUUACAAGUUGUUGCGACAUCUUAUUAGGCAAGCGAGUCAUCAUGAGGUAUGUAAGCGUAUGUCACUUUCGGGUGCUAAAUAGCAUUUCGGUAAUUUCAGUCAAAUGCAUAUGGUUCGUAAUAGUUAUAUGGAUGAAUCUUGUGUUCUUUGCUCUUAUGACACGUACAUCCGAUUCAAACACCUGAUUUUCUAAUUAACGUGCCUUCGUCGAUCAUUAACAAGUUGGUCAAAGGAAAUUUGGCUCUGUCAAUCAAAGGCUCCCAAAAAUGGCAACAUACUCGGUAUGUCACUCAUGAUUCUACCAUAUAUCUACUAUCUAUCGCGUUUGUAUAGCUUUCAGCCUGUCAUUUAAUAGUAUAGCUUGUUUUCCACAGGAAGAAAAACAACGCCGCAUUUUUCUGAACUAGACCAACUUUUAUUAUAUUCUCCAAAAAAUUAAAUUCUCCGAUCUGGGGCUACUGUGAUCUGGACGAUGUCAUCGAAAUGAAAUGAAAAUGAAGUCUUCUGCGGCAGCAGAGCUGCCUACCGUGGCAGAUGACGCUCUUCCGGCGUCGGCUCAAGUUGGAUGUCUGAUACUGUCCAGGCGCUUCGCUUGGCUGAUCGCAUUUCGAACAAACUACGUUCAGCGCAUCGCUCCCCGGUGGUGCUAUCGUACCCUAUACAGGAUAGCUGACUGGUAUACCAAGGAUACCAUGCCUCGGGGUCAUUUCGGCUUGUUUAAAUGUAGGACAUAGUCUAAUAGCUACGUCUUCACCACUUACUUCCGGAUCACUUCCGUCCUACUACGUUUCGUCGUGGAUGGCUCUAAGGCUAGGGGUUCAAUUAUUCGUUGAAAAACCCCAUGUAUUAUUAAUUCCACCGUAUGCCACUACGAUGGAUGUCUUAAUAAUUUUUCUGUGCCUAAUAUGUACAUACCUUCAAUUGAUGUAACUUCAGGAUCCUGUGGCGAUCAAUUAGCUGUCGUGCCGGUCUGUUGGGCAACAGGUUCAGCAGAGGUAACUUCGUAUCUGUCAAUACCUUCUAAGCUUCCUAAUUCGGUGCAGAAAUAUAAAGAGCUAGCGAAGAAAAACCAAAAAAAAGACAUACCAUUCGUCUAAGUUACAGCAACUACGCCGCUCGUUUUGGCCGUUCUUCAGCCCUUCGAGGUCAUAAUUACAAAAUCAGUCAGUAUAAAGCAAAGAGGGCAAAAUCUUACAGGCUCUUUCCUCAGCUUCCAUAGGUUGUUCAUCUAGACACAAACACGCUAAUUUAUCCCAUAAACUUGUUCUUCGCCGUGUUUCCACCGAGUAGCUAAUGUUCUUCUAACUCCAAGGUAUUUUUAUAGUAUUCCUUUCUCAUUUUUCCAGUCAGUAAGUUUCCUGUAAAUAAUGUGAGUCGCGUGCAGCACCAUAGGGCUAUUUAAUGCAGCUGAAUUGUAUAGGUGCUUAGGCAAACGCUGGCUGAGUCAAAGUGUGCUACGUGGCGCCAUCUUUUGGCGCAGGAAUUACUUGCGUCAGCAACAGCCGCAUCGAGACGUAUCUUUCCAACUAAGCAGACAGAAAGACGAGAGAAAAAAGUCUUUAACCGAAACUGUGUACAAGAAAAAAGCAAGGGAGGCACAUUAAUGUAGGUGUGAUGCGAGUAACUGCCAGUUGCUCGCGCCUCAUGUCGGAACGUGCAGUCCCUCUGAUUUUCGGCUACAUUUGUUUUCUCUUCUCCUAUUCUCUGUUUGCUGAUUCCGUUCAUUCUUUACCUAUUGCCCUCUCAGGCGCACGGGGUGAUCCUUCAGCCAACUACGACAAACACCGCUCGGCUGUUACAACAACACUGCCACUGACAAUAACCCCCGAGAGGUAACAAGGAGAAAAAGAAAGCUACUCCAUAACAGCCUUCGUCUGCCCUCUGCAAUGUGGAUCUCCUUGCUCGUUCUUUGCUUCCGAAAUCCAUACGAACCUCCUUUUAAACAGAAGCAAUAAUGUUGUUUGUUUUGUCCUUGAGCGUAUACUUUUUCUUCCGGAAAUCUAUACAUGUAGCCUGAAAAGUUUUCCUUUGCAGUGGCUACUCUUGUUGAAUAAAUUAUAGUAUUCAUGCGCAACCGGCUAAGCCGGAGCGCCAGGGUAGUUGUGAUCGCGCUGGCGCGCUUUAUUCUGUUAGCCUAAUAGCUCUUAUUCAGUGGGCUGUACGUAAGGACAAAACAGAGCCCGGGCUUGAUUGUUAGAGCUGCUGUCUAAGCUUAAUAACCGCUCUCCAUUCGCUGAAACUUCCAACUGUCGACAUUAGCUUCAGAACAAUUACAUUUCAAUGUUGAGUCAGUACGCACUUGUCUGAUGGAAGUUCGAGCCUUCAAUGUUUUUUUUUAAACCUGUUUCUCUAACCUUUUUGCCGUUUAGAGUCUACAUCAGUUUGACCGAUACUGCAAAAGAUGUCACUUUAAUUUGACGUCAGCUGUAACGGGAAAAAUUAUUUCCUCAUACACCAGAAAGCGUUGCUUUUAGUUAUUGCAACACGGAGAACGAGCUUAUAUGAUUAGUCGAACGAUGCAGGAUAGAGUACGAAAUAGCCUACGCUUUAAGUCCUACUCUUCUAUGGGCUUCCUUUAGUGCCCGCCUUUCAGUCCGACAUGGACGCUGCAGGCACCGAUUGCGUCGGUUAAUACUAAUGCGACAACGUCGACCUCGUCUGUACAGAGAAUCGUUUUCUCAUCUCCUUCAUCGCGUUGAAAAUGGUCGGACAAUGUCAAAGUGUCUGCAAAUCGCUACCUAUCACGGCUCGUCGACUUAGAUUUGCUUUGGUUUUCCCCUUCCUAUAAUUUUCUAUAUGUGUCGGAUACGUGUCACUAAGGGAAGCCUUAACAUAUUAAAUAUUAUUUUAAGUUCUUGCAAGAUUAGAGGCCACCGAAUUUUUCUUCGAUAAAUACAUGGCUUGGUCAGUAUUAAGAAGAAAGCUUGAUGCGCUGCCCAUCGUAAAGAGCUGCCAAUACUGUUAUUACUGGA